CAGCGCUGUUUGACCCGGACUCCGGUUUGACUCCUCCAUCUGUCCUUUACCUCUACAGAGACGAGUUUGUGGACUUGAAUCUGGAUCCCGCUGGAACCCUCCUGUAAUCUGGGUUCAGCUGAAUGACCCUGGAAGUUUCCUCCUGGGAGAGAGAUGGAGAAUAGCUCUCAAACACUGCCCCCCUCAUCCCUGUGUCCCACCACCUUUGGAGGGUCCCUGUCUUUCUCCUCCUCGCCGCUGCAGACCUCCUGCAGCAGCCAGAUUUCACUCCCGCUUUCACCUAUUUCUUUCCCCCCGUCCCCCAUCUCACUUUCUCCAGCGACAGCUGAGUCCAUUCACUCCUCUUCCCCUCUCUCACACUGCACAGCAUCUCAGUGCCUCGAAAGACAAAACACAGAGGGCCUCAGCCCUACAAACAUAUCUGACCAGGAUGACCUGACCUGCCUCAGCUGGCUGCAUCAGAGAGGCAACCUGCUGCCACUGCAGCCCCUUCCCAAAAUGACACCAGUGCCUCAGCUAGAAGCCUCCACACCUACCCACCCUCCUCCUCCUGCCUCGUCCAAGCCGCCAUACUCCUUCAGUAGUUUGAUUUUCAUGGCAAUAGAAGACUCUCCAGACAAGAGACUUCCAGUAAAGGACAUCUACGAAUGGAUUGUAAACAAUUUCCCCUACUACAGGACAGCCACUGGAGGCUGGAGGAACUCUGUGAGACACAACCUGUCGCUGAGCAAGAGCUUCCGUCGCAUUCAGAGGGACAAGAGUCAGUCAGUGGGGAAGGGAUCGCUGUGGUGUGCUUGUCCAGAGUAUCGGCCGGCGCUCCUCGAGGUGCUUAGGAAGACCCACAGUUAUCACAGCACUAACAGCAAUCUGAUCAUCAAGCCUGCACUGUUGGAAGGAGCUGACUAUGAGGUGCCUGCAAUAUGUGACAAUAUUGAAAUCUCAGAUCCUCUUUCUCACACGCUCCUCCUCUCCAUGCCCUCACCCCCAACCCUGACCACUGAUGAUCCAACCUUUGGUGAAAACCCACCUUGCCCUUUGACACCGGAUCACGAGGAGCUUGUCACCAUGGAGACGAUGGAAUACCAGCAAGAGGAGAUCUGUGAGGAGAUGGAAAAAGAUCCCCUGUCAGACAGCGGCUACAUCGAGUUACACUACUACCAGUCUCAACAGUACCAGUACCUGGUGCUGCCUGGUGACACCGAGCUGGACCUGGAGACGGUGGAGAUCCUUCAGCUGGAUGCAGAGGCCCAGGAGGCAGCUGGGUCACUGCUGGACCUGGCUGGUGGUGGAUAUUAAUUCUAUGUCCCAUGUAACGGUCACAACGGAUGCAAUGCUUCAAUCCUCUGUAAGCAAACACUCCAGCAGAGCAACAUAAAUGGGAUUUAUGUUUGUUCAGCUGUGAUGUUUUGUGAAUUGGCUGCUUCUUCCUGAGACACCAACACUGCCCUAUGUGUAUUUUGUGUAGUUAAAUAACACCAUAGAUCAACGUUACUGAUGGACUAACAAAACUGUGGAUGGCAUUACUUGUAUCCAGACACUUUCAGUGCAGAAGCUGACUUUACCAUCAUACUCCAUUUUAAAACUGGGAAGUAUUAAUAGUGUAGUCAAUAAAUCAUUUUACGGUUUCCACUGUGAUUUUUUAACAAAAAGUUCAUUCUCAGGGGUGGAUGUAGUUCUUAGUUCCAAUUAGUGGACAAGUUCGAUAUCUUGAUUCAAAUACGUCCAAAAUAAAAAAAGAUUUAUACAGAAGAAAAGUACUAAAGUAGCUAUUUUAUGGCAAAACUGACCAACAUACAAACUCACUUAAUGUCUUCCCAAUCAAUGCAUCUCAAUUUCUUCCAAGUGGUAAACUUCUUUAUAAGAAUGUUUUAAUAGAGGUUACGUUAUGAGGGAAAAACAACUUCACAGUCACAUGUUCUUGCCCUUUAACUCUGUUAUUGGAGCCUGUUCUGUUGUCUCUUUAAAAGUAGUUGUGUGUAAUACUUAAUUGAAAAUAUUUAAUUUAUAAUGUAGGUCCUGUAAUAGAUUAGAUAAAAAGUGAGCACUUUUCAGUUACACUGCUUUACUUUUAAUCCUAAUUAAUUCCUUUACACCCACUGUCCUUCCUCACAUCAUGUUCCCUAAUGUGGAUUUUAUGUACAUUAUGUUUUAUUUUACUAAAUCUCAGAAUGUCUUCUAAGUGUAUGUGAACUUGAAAAUCUGGAAAUGAAUUUGUAAACUAAGCUGCCCUGUCUUCAAUCAGGAAGUUGAUUGGACUUUUUAAUUAAAAUGCAAGAUGAACUCACUGCCAUGUAAUCCAUGUUACAUUUGAAGAUACUCUGCAUUUCUGUUUGUUAAUGUAUUUUUUGAAAAGUUCAGGAUUUUGUAAUCUAACAAAUAAAAUCUGCCAUGUUGUU